UCACCAUCUGAAAAUUUGCUCAAAUUUGUGUUUCCUGGUAAUCCCUUCAAUUGUUCGAUCGACGCGCACCGAGCACCACUGACCGCCUUAAUAUCACUGAGAUUUACAACGGCACGCAUUUGUAUAUAGAACAAGUAAAUUGUGUACAAUUCGUCGUGUGUUUGUAUAUAAACUGUAUAUACAAUAUUUGUGUAUACAAGUUAGUUACGGGUAUCAAAUGUUUGUAAUAUAAAGAGCAGCAGAUUAAAUUGUUUGCUUUAUAACGAGUAAAUGUUUAAAAUAUGAUGAAGGAUCAGUUAGCCGAAGUUAGUGCAAGCACAGGCUCAGUGCUCCCGCAAAACAUCAGCAUCCAGCAGCAUCUUCACCACAUCCACCUGCACCAGAACCAUACUAGUGUCAUCCUGCCAAAUGAUACCCAAACUCAACUCUCUCAACAGCAGGCACAACUUCCCAAUGUAUCUCCGGAAAGCAGCACCGGCCAGGACCAGGACAACAAGCCGUCCAGUUCCGACAAGAAGUCCGGCAUUCGAAGACAAGAAAAGCCACCCUACUCCUACAUCGCCCUCAUCGUGAUGGCCAUCCAACACUCCCCAGCCAAAAGACUGACCCUCAGUGAAAUCUACGCGUUCCUCCAGCAACGUUUCCCGUUCUUCCGCGGCGCCUACCAAGGCUGGAAGAACUCAGUGCGGCACAACUUGUCUCUGAACGAGUGUUUCAUCAAACUCCCCAAAGGACUGGGUCGUCCCGGCAAGGGUCACUACUGGACCAUCGAUCCGGCCAGCGAGUUCAUGUUCGAGGAGGGCUCGUUCCGCCGAAGACCGAGGGGUUUCCGACGGAAGUGCCAGGCGAUGAAGCCCCAAUAUCCGGGGGGAUUUUUCCCCGGUAACAUGGUGAACCAAGCUGGGGCCUACGAUCAUCAGACUCUUGUUCAGACGCCCGAUUAUGGGUACAACAGUUCGUCGUCGCAAGUGACUUCGGUUGCCUCCACGCAUUAUUCGAAUUACGAUUAUUCGGCGGUGUAUCCACAAACUUGUGAGAGGGAUUGGGGGGCUGCCACGACGGGACUUCCGUUUUCGUAUGGCACGGACACGUCGAUUGGGAAUUCGUAUCUGAAGACGUCUCUGAGUCCCAUGCCCGACAACCAAGAUACGCCACCUCCUCAGGUGGACAACUACUAUCAAUACGGAUCCAUUGCUACGUCUACGACAGAUUUGACGAGGGCAGCUGCAGUAACAAAUAACACUAUGCAACCGAUCCAAUGCGAUAGGAAGCCAUAUCUGAGUCCGCCUCCGCCUUCGAUACCGUCUUCUUUGCCGUCUCCACCUUCCGCCAACACACCUCAUUCGUAUUUCGAGCCCAAUAUCAAAUACACCAUGUAAAAUUCGUGUGGAUUUGUUAAAAUUUAUGAAUAAACGCAGUUUUGUAUAAAAAUGCUUUAGUGAAAACAUUUGUACCUACUCUAGUAUUUUUGUAAACCUGAUUUGUUUUCUUUAUGUGGAAACUUAUGUAGGUUAGUUGAUAUGUGUAUAUAAAUUUUAUUUAUUUUAUUGUUAUUAAUAGGUUAUAUGUAAUAGGUUUAAAGAAUUUUGAUUGUCAUGAAUUAGACAAUAAGAUGUAUAUAAUUGUAACUAAAUCAUACGGCUGAAACCAAAUAUUUGUA